UGGGGUCCCCCGGCUGCCCCCUCUUCGGGGCAUCUGAGAAGCCGGGGAAGAGCGCACCAUGAAGUCCGUGCUGUUCAGCCGAUUCUUCAUCCUCCUGCCCUGGGUCCUGAUCGUCAUCAUCAUGCUCGACGUGGACACCCGCAGGCCCGCGCCCCCGCUCACUCCGCGACCCUACUUUUCUCCCUACGCUUUGGGCCGCGGGGGCGCCCGACCCCCGCUCCGCAGGGGCGGCCCCGGGCGCGGCUCGGAGAAGCGCAACGAGUCGCGGCCGCAGCCGCAGCCGCAGCCGCCUCUGCCCACCAUCUAUGCCAUCACGCCCACCUACAGCCGCCCGGUGCAGAAAGCCGAGCUGACCCGCCUGGCCAACACCUUCCGCCAGGUGGCGCAGCUGCACUGGAUCCUGGUGGAGGACGCGGCGGCGCGCAGCGAGCUGGUGAGCCGCUUCCUGGCGCGGGCCGGCCUGCCCUGCACGCACCUGCACGUGCCCACGCCGCGGCGCUACAAGCGGCCCGGGCUGCCGCGCGCCACGGAGCAGCGCAACGCCGGCCUCGCCUGGCUGCGCCAGAGGCACCAGCACCAGCGCGCGCAGCCCGGCGUGCUCUUCUUCGCCGACGACGACAACACCUACAGUCUGGAACUCUUCCAGGAGAUGCGAACCACACGCAAGGUCUCUGUCUGGCCAGUGGGCCUGGUUGGCGGGCGACGCUAUGAACGUCCGUUGGUGGAAAAUGGCAAAGUCGUUGGUUGGUACACCGGCUGGAGAGCAGACAGGCCUUUUGCCAUCGACAUGGCAGGAUUUGCUGUAAGCCUUCAAGUCAUCUUGUCCAAUCCAAAAGCUGUAUUUAAGCGCCGUGGAUCCCAGCCAGGGAUGCAAGAAUCUGACUUUCUAAAACAGAUAACAACUGUUGAAGAACUGGAACCGAAAGCAAAUAACUGCACCAAGGUCCUUGUGUGGCACACUCGCACAGAGAAGGUCAAUCUAGCCAACGAGCCCAAGUACCACCUGGACACAGUGAAGAUCGAGGUGUAACUGGGAGCAGCAGUGGGUGUGGAAGA